CUUUCAAACAGGCUGUGGUGCUCUGGUGCAACCUCUUUUAAAGAAACUUAACCUUGAUCCCUCAGUUUUUAGUAAUUUUAGACCAAUUUCAAAAUUCCCACUUUUGUCUGAAGUUUUAGAAAAGGUGGUUUCAGCCCAGCUUUUACGCUUUAUGUGUCAAAAUUACUUCUUUGAAAAAUUUUACUCUGGUUUCAGAACAGUACACAGAAACUGCCCUCUUUAGGGUGACCAAUGUCCUUCUUUUAUCAGCUGACAGUUUCAAUUUUCAGUUCAGUUUAUUUAUACAGUGUCAGUUCACAACAAAUGUUGUCUCAUGACGCUUUCCAAUUAGGGCAGGUUUAGACCUUGCACUGUAACAAUUUACAGUGAAGUGAGCUUUGUUUGAAUUCUUUUAGAUCUUAGUGCAGCUUUUAAUACUGUGGAUCACAAAAUUUUAAAUGACCUUCUGCAGACCCGCGUGGGCAUCCAGGGACACUGCGCUUCAAUGGUUUUGUUCUUAUCUUCUAGAAAGAACUUUUGCAGUCAUCACAGCCCACCAAGGCGCCUAACUGCUGCUGUUGACUGUCUUAGUGAUAUAAACUGUUGAAUGGCUCAAAACUUUGUACAACUCAAAAACAGAAAUCAUAUUGUUUAACCACCCACAUCCUCAGAACUCAAAAACUCACUGCCUGAAAUCUAGGUGUAUUAUUCGUCUGACCUGGAAAAGGUCAUCCACGUCUUCAUCUUCUCCAGGUCACACUACUGCACCUGUCUUCUGUCUGGUAUUUUCCAUAAGUCCCUCUCACAUUAGUUCAGAGUGCAGACGCUUGGCUUCUCACUGGUUUAACAGACAUCAUCACAUCACCCGUAUCCUAACCUCCCUCCACUGGCUGCCAGUUCCUUUUAGAAUUGAUUUUAAGAUUUUACUGAUCACUUUCAAAGCACAUCUGGGUCUGGGUCUGAGUUGUUGACCUCAUAUGAGCCAGCCCACAGCCUGAGAUCCUUGGUUGGGGCCCUCCUGGUUGUUCCAGAGUCGAGGUUAAAGCCUAAAGGUGACCAGACUUUUGCAGUCAGGGCUCCUCGGCUUUGGAACAACCUGCCCAAGGAGAUGAGGCUUGCAAGGUCAAGGUGGAAAGAGAGAGGACAGGAAAACAGCGUUAUACAUGAAAAAGAGGCAGGUCGGCCAGAAUGGAGGAUUUCAGGAAGACAUACCUGUGUCUGUGUAAGGAGAGAGGUGUGGAGCCUCAGCAGGGGGUUGUGGCUCAGCUCAAGGAGAGCAAGGCUGCUCAGGGUUCCAGACUGGACCUGAGCGGACAGAGUCUGUCUGCAGAAACCUGCUCUGUGCUUGCCAGGGCAUUCCAGAAAGAUACGGUCCUGACAGAGCUGUCACUCAGUGACUGCAUGCUCAGUGAGGAAGGUGCCAAAGAACUGCUGACUGGACUGUUUGACAACAUAGCUGUAAAAGUUCUGGAUUUGAAGGGAAAUAACUUAAGGUCCAAAGGGGCUGAGGUGUUGGGAAAGCUGUUGGCACGGAACAAGACUCUGCGUAGGCUGGUGUUGGAGUGGAACGCUUUGGGGGUGUGGGAUGAAGCCUUCUCAAUCUUUUGUGAGGGUUUGGCCUCCAAUAGCGUGUUGACACAACUGGACCUACGCAACAAUCAGAUCAACCACCAUGGAGCAUCUGAGCUUGCACUGGCACUUAAACGCAACAACGCAGUGGAAGUCCUAGAUCUGAGGUGGAACAACAUUGGUCUGCUGGGUGGCAGGUCUCUUCUGGAGGCUCUGCAGAAGAACAAGAGCAUAGUGCAGCUGGAGAUGGCAGGGAACAACAUACCUAGUGACACACUCAGAGCACUUGAACAGACCACAACGCAUAACUCAGAAAGACAGUCCACCAAGAGAGAGAACCACAAUCGGAGCCAGGUUCUCAGCAAGGAGAUUAGUACACUAAAAGAAGAGAAGGGCCGGCAGUUCUUAAGCCUGAUGGAAACCAUAGACAGGCAGAGGGAGGAAAUGGGACACUCCAGCAGGUCCACCUCCAUUCAGAUAAGUCAACUUCAGGAAGCUCUGAAUGAGAGGAAAUCAGCUGUCAACUCUCUCACUGCCAAACUGCAGAUGACAGAGGCUGCCCUCGCCCUCUCUGAGCAGAAAAACCACAACAUGGGGGAGCUGCUGACACAAAUAAAGGCUGAGAAAGAAGCACAGAGGGAACGACAGACCAGAGAGAAGAAGAAAGAUCAAGAGGACAGUGCACUUAAAGAGGGCAAAUUCCUCAGAGAGAUCCAAAACCUGACUGAAACCAAUGUCCAACUCAGGAAUAAAGUGGAGGAGACGGAGCGGAGGUGUAAGUCUCAGCAGCAGCAGAUAUUUGAGCUGAAACAGGAGCUGACCAACAGCACAGCGGAACUAAAGCUGAGGCUGGCACAGGCGGAAGACCGCUUGGAACUGGAGAAGCGAAGGUCUAAGCAAGCUCUGGAGGACAUGGACAGUCUACGCCAGAAGGAGGUGGAGCAUGUGAAUCGACAUCUGGAAGAGAGUGAGAGAGCUUUGCAGGAGCGCAUCUUCAAACUGGAGGGACAGAGGAUACAACUAGAAGAGGAACUGAGUAAAGCCAAAACAGCGUGUGUGACAUUGAGGGCCCAGGCAGAGGAAGAACUGGGAAGGGUUCGAGCUCAAGUGCGUCUGGAGGGGCAGGAGCACGUGUCCUCUUUGGAGGAGAAGCUUCACUCAGUGCGUUCAUCCCAGCAGGAGGUGCAGCUCCAUUGCUCCCAGCAGAAACAGACCAUCUCUGAGCUGCAGGUCAAGAACAGCCAACAGAGCAUCGAGAUGGACAGUCUACAGCGCAGGAUAGAGGAGCUCCAUCAGGAGCUGUCAGGUAAGGAGCAGGAGAAAGUGGCCGAGGUGAGCCGGGUGAGAGUGGAGCUGCAGGAGCAGAUCGGGCAUUUAAAUGCAGAGAGGGCGGCGCAGGGAGGACUCAAAGAGAAGAUCAGUGCUCUGGAGAGAGAAAUUAAAGUACUGAGCAGUAACCACAGAGAGGCACUCCUUGACAAAGAGAGUGAGAUAUCUUCCAUGCUGGAGAAACUGCGGCUGAAAGAGGCAGAGAUCCAGAGGAUGAGGGAGGAUGAGGCGCACAGAGCCAGCUACCUGCAAAGUGCCAUUCUCACAUAUGUUCAGGGCUCCCCUCUUGGACACUACAGCAGCCCCAAGAAAUGAUCCAGGCACCUGAACCUUCAGCUUUAACCUCGGAACUUUUACCUGCUUUCUGCACUGGUCAGAGGAGUGAAGAUCAAACCAAAUCAUGACUGUCUGGACUUGAAAAGACUGGAAAAUUAGGAGUGUAACAGUAAUAUGGGGGAGAUAAUUGGCGCAGGGGAAUAUGAUUGGAAUUAUACCUAACACAGUGUUUAGAUCAUCAUUAGUACAGUACAAACUUCACUUCUGCUGUGCCAACGUAUUGGCUUUGUUUAAAGGAAGAAGGGUCAUUUUAAAAUGUAAUUUAAACUGACUUUAUCAAUAUUGAAUAUAUAAAAGUUUAUGACAUCUUGAGAUUAAUUUUCAUAAUUUGUCCAUCCCUUUCUAUCUGUUAUGAUAAAGUUGUAGUCACUAAAAUAAAAGCUGGUAUCUGAAAA